AUGGGUUCAAGGAAAAUUACCAAACUUGGACAGCACAUGGCUACUGGUUUGACUACCAUAGGCGGUUUCUUCGAUGAGACCAUCCUUUCGAGUCAAGAAAAUGCUUUUCGCAAGGGCAAGGAUGACUACAAUGAAGCAUUGCAAGAAAAGUAUCCGAGAAGGCGGCAAGAGCAACCUUUUGAUGGUCAAAUUGCAUAUAAUAUUGGUCGUGGCUUGCCCCAUGGUCGUCUUGCAAUAGGAGAUGGUGCUGUCAAGAAGGGUACAAUAAUUGAUGCUGCUAAGGCAAGUGGGAGAAGGCCAGCAACCUCAAGGGCUUUUCAAAAUCUGAUGGCAAGAUAUGAGGAGUCAGUUGCAACCGUUGAUCGCUUAACUCAACAAAAUGCCACAUUGACUCGAGAUGUGAAGGGUAAUGGUCGUGUACUUGAGAUAGAGAUACCACCUGACCUGCUUCAGGAAGAAGAAAAUGAGAUGUGA